AAAAGCAUCACAAAUUAAUAGAUGUCCUUAACAUGAUUUAUAAUUAUAUACGGCAAAAAUAAGGUCAAUAUUCAACAUCAAAGGUAUAAAAUCAUUUUCCUACGUGAAUAUACUAAAUUAAGUAUCUCAAAUAGGAAGGCUACCUUGCAGCUUUUUACUUUCAUUACGCUAGUAAUAUUACAACAAUUAAUCUGCAAUAUAAAUACCCCUGUUUUUCAAUUGUCACGAUAUGUUAAUGGAAGAUAAUUUAGGGGAAGAUAGGUCCUUCGCUAAAUGACAUGCAUAGAGAUUAUUUUACUUCAAAAUAAAAUAUUUAUUACAUUUACCAGCCAGUUUACCACUAGUACUGUAUGGCACAUUGUGCAACUUUAAUUAAACUAACAAUUCAGUUGAUAUCUUUUUAUAAUUAGGGCCUAAGUUGAUAUUUAUAUUACGGAGAUAGCAUUGGCAUGUUCUGUGAUAAAAUCUAAAAAUAAUAUUACCAUGAAUCAAAUUAAAGCACUGAAUUGAUUAAAGAAUAUAAAGUCAUUAAAAAAAAUACCCUUUGUGUGGAAAUAAAAAACAUUAUUUUAGCGAGUUUCUAUGUAUUUUAUCACAGACGGUAUAUCCUUUACUUUAUUGACUAUAUUAACAAUUUAGUAAUACUGUACCACGUUACUGUAUAUUUAUUAUAAAAUAUAAUGCUGUACCUGCAAUUUUACAGUACUGAAUAGACUACCUGCAUACGCCAAUGAUUUCCAAUAAAUUUGUAACUUCCCGCCAAAUGAACAAUAGAACGGUAUUAGGUCACAAAUAAGCCAAGGCGGGAGUGUCUGUGAUUGGUUAAUCCAGUGAGCGCUAGAAGCCAAACGCAACACUAGAGCAGGGUAUAUAAACGUAACUAUUUUGUUAAAUAAUUAUCCAUUCUCGAUUUUAGUAAAACCGAAACACGAAAUAAAAUGUCUGGACGUGGUAAAGGAGGAAAAGCUAAGGGAAAGGCCAAGAGCCGAUCAAGCCGUGCUGGACUUCAGUUCCCAGUCGGUCGUGUUCACCGAUUCUUGCGAAAGGGUAACUAUGCAUCUCGAGUCGGUGCUGGUGCCCCAGUCUACAUGGCUGCUGUACUCGAGUACCUGACUGCUGAAAUCUUGGAGUUGGCUGGCAACGCUGCCCGUGACAACAAGAAGAGCAGAAUCAUCCCCCGUCAUCUUCAACUUGCUAUCCGUAAUGAUGAAGAGUUGAACCGUCUUCUCGGAAGUGUGACCAUCGCACAAGGAGGUGUAUUGCCAAACAUCCAGGCUGUACUUCUGCCAAAGAAGACCCAGGCCAAGUCCAAGUAGAUUCCAUCAACUAGGCCUAUCUUCUCAAACCAAACGGCUCUUUUCAGAGCCAC